AAGCCAUUAGACGUGUCUAUAGACGGCUAUGAACAAUAAUGUUGCAUUAUGUCUCUAGUGCUAUCCCUUUCUACGCAGCAAUAUUGUCUAAGUCUAAUGUCAUAUGGCUAUUAACUCAAGGUGUUUUCCUCGGUAUUUUAUCGAAAAGUCCGGUCACACUGCGCGUCAUUUUUGUUGGCGCGACGGCAUAAAAUUCGUCCUGUGUGUAAAGAGAUUAAAAGAAAACUCAAAAAUGGGCGUGAAGUGGUUGUUGUACCGUAGCAAGGCCGAACUAGAAGAGCUUUGCGCCGAGUUUCUGUUGAAAUGUGACGGAAACAUCGUAGAACUGCGCAGCCGGCUGGCAGAUUUUGUUGGCCGGGCUGAACAUUCGAAGGCCAAUGGAAAGCGGUUGACUCAUCUAAAAGCACACUAUGGAGCAGUAGAUAACCUUAAUCGGAAGCCAGGUCUGCUGAUCUCUGAGGCCGAUUGUGACCGGAGCUUGGGAGUGCCCGGUGCCGCCAUGGACGAUUUCACUGGGGGCGCAAAACUAUUGCCUGCAGCGGUGCUCAGCGAGAAGCCUUCGUUUGCAGUUUUGUCGCGGAUUAUGAUUAAAUGGGGCAACGUCUUCAACGGAAAAUCCGAUGCUUUGAACUUCAUCAAACACGUAGAGGAAUGUGCAGCUAAAUACGGCGUUGAUACGCGAAACCUAUCCAAAUCGAUAGUCGUACUAUUGGCUGGAAAAGCCGAGCAUUGGUUUUGGACCAGCGGCAUCCAAGGAGCAUCCUGGACAACUUUCCGAUCCAAGUUCUUGAAAUGCUUCAGCAGGGCACCACUCAAGGAACGAUUCAGGUUCUCUGACGAACGGAACACGGGGCUGAGCUUGAUUGGUGGGCGAGUCUAUGCACAAGUUUUAAUGGAAGAUCACUCUAUAUUAGCCCUGCUGGACACUGGAUCCACCCGUACCAUUAUUAGCGAUCGAGUUGCCCAAGAGCUGUGCACUGAACAGAACCGCAGGAAUGUAAAUAUGCGUAUAGGCCUGCCGGAUAGAUCACACUUAAUUGUGACGCAGGCAUUGAUGGCCAAUGUCCAACUGGGCGGACAACAGAUAAACCUGCUCGUACUAGUGCUGCCAUCCUCGAAACAGGAUGCCAUUCUGGGCAUGGACUUCCUAUGCCGAAGCGAUGCAAAGAUCCAGGUGGGCGGAGUUUCGCUAAAAUUUGAUUCAAACCAAGAAACCCUGAAACCCGGCCUAGACCACAAUCGGAUGAAUGAAAACAAGGAGCCAGCGCCACCCAUGCCUCGCAGCGGCCUGAAGAAUGUGUCUGCCAUGGCAGCACCAGCCGGAUCUUAUUACAAGGAUGAUUGGGUAGUGGCUCCGCUGGAAUGGCGUGUGAACACGCCAUGGCGUCGCCUACCAAUUGAGCUGCGGGACCGGCUCUUGGAACGGCUCCAGCAACGCAAAGGAAAAGACGUGCGCUACCUAGAGAGCGCCUCCGAACAUAUUUUCCGGGUACACAUUAACACAAACAAUAAGUUGAGUGUCCACUUAAGAGGUGGCAUUCUCCAGAAUUAGGAAAAAAAGUGGGCCUAGCCGAAAAACGAAAUCUUCUACCAAUUAAAUACAGAAUUACGAAUAGCUUUAAGGUAAUACUUAAUAUCCAAUAUUAUUUGUAAGCAAAUGUAGCAAAGGAAAUGCUACGAGACUUUCAAUUUACAUACAUGUACGGCAUAUGCCUAGAGAGAAUGUUUGUCAACACUUAAACACAUAACCAGCUUCGGCUUCAGCUCUUAAUUUAUCUCCUGCUCGCAACUACAAGUUCUGAGCCAGAGACUCGAUCUCGUCGAGGAAGUAGAUCAUGUCCGACUCCUCCAGACACGAGUUCUGCAGCACCAGGCGGAAGAAGUUGGGCAGCUGGCGCAGGGGCUGAUAUGUGAUCAUCAUGGAGCCCUUCUUAAUCAUUCUCUCCUUGACCUUGGGCGCCACCUUGUGCAACUUGUCGUAAAACUCCCGAUUCCGCUCCAUCUGACGGAGGCUGGGGGGCACGUACCAGAAGCUUAUGUUUGUGCACUCGGGAUUCUCCAGAACCAACUCGAAGCCGGGCCGCUCUCGUACCUUGGCGGUGAAGAACUCGGCCAUCUGAAAGACCUUCUCCACGUGGGCUUCCAGGCCCAUGCUGCCCUUGGCCUUCCACAUGAACCAAAACUUGAAGACGUCCGCCCUGCGUCCGCACUGGAUGUGCUUGUCCCCAGUGUCGUAGGAGGUGUCGUAGAACUUGUCCUUCUGGAAGAGGUACGCCGCAUUGGUCGAGUGGCACUGGCCCAGGACCAGCUGGUGGCGGGUCAGGAAGGUGGAGCACUGCUGCGAGGCGGCCAACAACUUGUGAGGGUUCCACGUCACCGAAUCAGCCCUGCAAACGAGUGAACCACACGUCAAACAAAACCUGUUCGUGCGACGCAUUCUUCGGGAAAAACUCACCGUUCGAUGCCGUUAAGCAGAUGCCGAUACUUUUUGGACAUCAGCGCACCGCCUCCCCAUGCCGCAUCUACGUGCAUCCACAUGUUGUGCUUCUUGCACAGGUCGCCUAUCCCUGUCAAGUCAUCAAAGGCGCCCAGCACUGUGGUGCCGGCCGUUGCCGAGACCAUCAGGGGCUGCCAGCCAUUGUCCAGGCACCGCCGAAUCUGCUCCUCCAGAUCGCUGAGACGCAUCUUUCCCACCUCAUUGGUCGCUAUCUUGACCACAUGCUCGCUUCCGAAGCCCAUGAACAUGGCCAAUUUCUCCACCGAAUAGUGCGCAUCCUCCGAUGUGAAUAUAAUCAAAGGUUUGGCACUGAAGAGUCCCUUUUUCUGGAUAUAAAUCAAAAUCAUUAUGUUGUGGAAUCUCUGGAUGACUAAACUGAAUUUCUGAAGAAUAAGCUAGGGAAAAAUCCGUACGUUAUGGAUAGCAAAUAAGACCGCUUUAUAAUUAUGCAGCAAUACUCAUAGUGCUAUGAAGACGUAAGAAUAGUAUUUUUAUAAUUUGUUGUAUCCCUGUUUAAGAUAUAGGAUAAAUCACGGAAGCUUAUUUGAAACCUCUAAUACUCGUAGUGCUAUGGAGGUGUAAAAAUAUUUAAACAUUUUUUUUGUAUCUCUGUCUAAGAUCUAUGAGAAAUCAAGGACAUGUAGAUAUUUGAAAAUCACUAAAUGAUCUCUUGAUAACUAUUCAGUAUUACUUCCCUAGUUAUCUGAAGGCGUAAGGAUAUGAUUUUUUAAAUUUGUUGUUUGAAAAUGUCUAAAUUAUGUGGAAAGCAUAAAAUAUCUCUUUAUAAUUAUUAAGUACCUAAACUCGUAGUGAUAUGAAGGCGUAAAAAUAUUUUUUAAAUUUUUUGUAUCCCUGUCAAUGGUCUGGGAAAUUAAAUGAACGAAUUUGAAAAACUUUAAAUAAUGUAAGAAUUCUUUAUAAUAACGCCAUGAAGGCGAAAGAAUAAUAUUUUUUAAAUUUUUUGUAUCACUGUCUAACGUCUGGAAAAACCAAGCAACGUUCGAAAAUUUCUUAAUUAUGUGGAAAGCAUAAAAUAUCUUUUUAUAAUUAUUAAGUACCUAAACUCGUAGUGAUAUGAAGUCGUAAAAAUAUUUUUUAAAUUUGUUGUAUCCCUGUCUAUGGUCUGGGAAAUUAAAUGAACGAAUCUGAAAAACUUUAAAUAAUGUAAGAAUUCUUUAUAAUUAUUCCAUAAUGCCAUGAAGGCGAAAAAAUAAUAUUUUUUAAAUGUUUUGAAUCACUAUCUAUGGUCUGUAAAAACAAGGAAACGCUUGAAAAUGUCUAAAUUAUGUAGAAAGCAUAAAAUAUCUCUUUAUAUCUCUUUAUAAUAAUGAUGGAUAUUAAGAUAAGUUAAAUAUUAACUUCACUUAAAGAAUUAAUAUUUGCCUCAAUUAAUUUUUUGUAACCACUCUUCAAGUCUUUGAAAUUAAAUUAAAAAAACA